CAGCCAAAAACCGAAGCCACUUCGUUAGUCAAGUUUUCUGUACGAAUUUGUCGGUUUCAUUUUUUUUGUUUCUGCGGCUUUGGAGUUGCCGGCUGCCGGUUUCAGUUUCAUUUUUCGAACGGAGCUCGUGCGAAGCGGUUCGUUAGUCGUAAUUAAGUUCGUGGUCGACUCGUACGUGGCUAAUUGCCGACAUCACUGAAAAAGAAGACCAAUACUGGAAAAAAAAAUCACGUAAAAGACAACAGAGAAAAACUAAAAACAAAUAAAAAGUGAAAUACCAUUAAAAAACAACGUUCGAUAUGUGCAAAUAUGUAAUGUGCGUGGCAGAGUGAGUGACAAUUUGUGGAGCGGUAACUGACUUUUUGCAACAAAACUAACUGCGAUGGAGGCUUUUAUUGUUAUGAUUGUGACGCUGCUCGGAAUUGUCACACAACAGCAAAACAACUGUGCGGCCGUUGAUGUUUAUUUUCCCAGCACGUCGGUGAAAUUCAAUCUGCCCAUCAAUGAGGAGUCGGAGAGUAUCUUCUCCAAGAUACCGCUGGCCCAGUUCCAAGUGCUGCGAAUGGAGAGCAAUCGAUUGGCCAGUAAUUACUUGUACAGCCUGGAGGAGAAUCCCUUGCUAAGGAUAAAUAGUUCCUCCGGCGAGAUUUACAUGCGCACAGAUUACCUUUCACCGAAUUCGAGUGUCAAGUAUGUGGUGACCGCUUUUCCCAGGGAUCAACGGGAUCAUGAACUGCUGCCCGUCUCGCAUCUAACGAUAGAAGUAACACCACAGCCGCUGGAGGAUUACUGCUCAGAACUGGAGCACAUUUGCUUCUGGAGUAGUGCCCAGUACAGUAUAGCCGAGUCGCAGGGUCAAUAUAAGCGUAGGGAUUCCUUUGAACCCGUACUUAUCGGUGCCCUGAAUUCCCGGGCCGCCAAGUAUCUUUGUCACGUAUCCCUGGAUUACUCCCUUAACGCUGGUAGUACCCAUUUCGUUCUCAAACAAAAUCGCCUUUACACUCGCCAACCCCUGGAUCAUGAUGAACUCAAUGGCCUGAAUGUCAAAGCUGGACAGCUGCAGGCCAAGAUUACCUGCACGGUUAAGUUAUCCGCCCGGGAUCAGAGGAAAUUCAUGCGCAGCUUCGAUAUCAGGUUACUGGAUCGCAAUGACAAUGGACCCAAGUUGCAGGAGACCGAUCCGAAGUUUAAGUUCUACCUGGAGCAGCCCUACUUUCAGGCGGACGAGGAGGCGGGGAAGAAAAUCAUAUAUGUGGACAAGGAUACGCUGGCGGCAAAUGCUAACUUGGUCUACGCCGUGCAUAAUGACUCUAAUAGAAUUUUCCGGCCGGACUGCCACGCCUACGAGGCGGAUCACACGGGCAGGCCACAUACAAUCGUCAGUUGUCAACUCCGUUUCUCUCGAAGCGGCGUUUUCAGAGACUCACCCUACUGCGUCUCUCUGGAAGCCCGCGAUCUGACCAUUGAAACCCACGUCGAAGCCAUGUCAGCUACAGCCUUCAUAUGCUUUUAUAUAAACCUGAGUAAUCUCCAUGAAUCGGACCACGAAAUGCCCCAGGCUCUGCCUCUACGGUCACGACAACAUCGAAUAUUCGAAACUGAAGAAUUUAAUGGUGAUUCCGCAGGCAGAUCACAGGGUCCCUUAACCGUGGAUUACGAAAAGGAUAUAUCCAUUUACCGGACAUCCACUAAUUACUAUCGGGUAGUUCAGCCGGAGAGUUUCGUAGAGCUAAUGAGGUCACGUUCCAUAAAAUUCGAUAUCGUAGAGGAUAAGAUUGGAGCCUUUGGCAUAACCCCGACUUCGGGUAUAGUGUAUGUGAAGAAUCCCCAGGCUUUGGAGGAGGCGCCUGAGACCAUAUACUUCCUGAAUGUCACCUGGAUGGAUCAGCAGCGCCUUUCGCAUGUUCGUGUGAUCAAUGUGCAUUUGAUUCAUGGCAGACCAGAGAACACCAGUUGCGACCUAAAGAUCAAAUCCCGAUCCCAAUCCUGCUCCCAGGUUAAGUUCCAGUCUCAGUGCAAUCGAUUUUGCGGCUUGGCAACCGGUGGAGGAUCUUGCCAGUGGAGAGGAUCCAAUUCAGCCAUGUUUAGUACUCGCUAUGGAUCAUGUGUACCCGAGUCGCGUUACUGUCCAGAUCAUGUGUGUGAUCCCUUGGAGGAACUGAAUCCAAUGGCCUGUCCACAGGAUUGUACACCAGGUGGGAGGAUAAUGGGUCCCCAUUCAAGUAAUGAUAAUAAAAGGGGAAUAUAUAGUGCCUCUGGAACGUGUAUCUGCGAGGAUAAUGGCAAGUGCUCGUGUGCUCCAUUGGAUGAGGAACCCAAGAUUAAGAAACCUCGCAAACGAAAGAACGAAACGGAGGCGGUGCCUCUGCUGGGAGGAAGAAAAAGUGGAGAGCAAUCUCUUCAGGAUCCUCUACUCUUAGGUGUCCUCAAUGUGGCUGGCUUCGAGUGCGAUCGCUCCUGCAUGUUCUUCGUGGUCAGUUGUCCUCUGGUGUUCGUUCUCCUACUCCUCUGCCUGCUAAUUGCCCAAAGAAAGAUGCUUCAGCGUCGCCUGGGCAAGCAAUCUAUGACUCCAUCCUCCAAACAGGCUCUUCCCGAACUAGGAGACGGAGAUCUCGCACUAAUGCCACUGCAAAGUGGUUUUAAGUUCGAAAGCGGCGACACCAAAUGGGAGUUCCCCAGGGACCAACUUCAACUGGAUACGGUCCUGGGAGAAGGUGAAUUUGGCCAGGUCUUGAAGGGCUAUGCCACAGAGAUUGCUGGUCUACCGGGCAUAACCACUGUGGCUGUGAAGAUGCUGAAGAAGGGUGCCAAUUCCGUAGAGUACAUGGCCCUACUUUCGGAGUUUCAGCUCCUGCAGGAGGUCUCUCAUCCCAAUGUGAUCAAAUUGCUGGGGGCCUGUACAUCCUCGGAGGCGCCUCUCCUGAUCAUUGAGUAUGCCAGAUAUGGUUCGCUUAGGAGCUACCUUCGUCUUAGCCGAAAGAUCGAGUGUGCCGGCGUGGAUUUUGCUGAUGGCGUGGAGCCUGUGAAUGUCAAGAUGGUUCUCACCUUUGCCUGGCAGAUCUGCAAGGGUAUGGCCUAUCUUACGGAACUUAAGUUGGUUCAUCGUGAUUUGGCGGCUAGAAAUGUGCUCCUUGCGGAUGGGAAGAUAUGCAAGAUCUCAGACUUCGGACUGACCCGAGAUGUUUACGAAGACGAUGCCUAUUUGAAGAGAUCACGAGAUCGUGUGCCUGUUAAGUGGAUGGCUCCGGAAUCUCUAGCGGAUCAUGUGUAUACCAGCAAAUCAGAUGUUUGGUCCUUUGGCGUACUCUGCUGGGAGCUGAUCACUCUGGGAGCCUCUCCAUAUCCUGGCAUUGCUCCACAGAAUCUAUGGUCCCUGCUAAAAACCGGCUACCGUAUGGACAGGCCAGAGAAUUGUUCGGAAGCUGUUUACUCCAUAGUUCGCACCUGCUGGGCAGAUGAACCAAAUGGAAGGCCAUCCUUUAAGUUCUUGGCCUCGGAGUUUGAGAAGCUGUUGGGCAAUAAUGCCAAGUACAUAGAUCUUGAGACGAAUGCAGUUUCCAAUCCGCUUUAUUGUGGCGAUGAUUCUGCCUUGAUGACUACGGAGUUUGGUGAACCGGAAUCCUUACAACAUCUAUGGUCACCUCCAAAGAUAGCCUACGAUAUCCAUGACCAAGGUACAAGUUACGAUCAAUCGGAGGAGGAAAUGCCAGUAACUUCCACGGCUCCACCUGGCUAUGAUCUCCCACGGCCUCUGAUCGAUUCGACUUCCAAGGAGCAAGUUUUGCGAUACGAAAACGACUUGCGAUUCCCCUUAAACAUUCGAAAAUCCAGUUGCACUCCAAGCUACAGCAACAUGACCAAUGGAUCUCCGGCUGCCACCGCAUUGCCACACUAUUCGGUUCCUGUAAAGAGGGGUCGCUCCUAUCUGGACAUGACCAACAAGAGUCUCAUUCCAGACAACCUAGACAGCAGGGAUUUUGAGAAGCAUCUGUCCAAGACCAUCUCAUUUCGGUUCUCCAGCUUAUUAAAUCUCAAGGAAGCGGCGGAAACUGUUCCUGGACAGCAGGCCGAAGAUGCUGUCUAAAUGUCCUGAUAACGAGUACUGUGUAUAGUUUUUCCUCUCAACCACUGAGUUCCAAGUUCUUGUCUCUCAUCUGCGCCUGUUUUUCAGUUCAAACUGUUUGUUGAUUAGUUUUAGUUUUAUAUUUAGUCUCGUAGCUUUAUGCUGAUGCCAAAAAUGGAUAGUAAAAGAACCGAAUUCGAUUUCGAAUACUCCCAAUAAUUUAUACAAGAAAUUACAUAGCCAAAGACAAACUAAAUUCUAUUGAUCAUACAUUCCAAAAUGUCAUUCGAAAAACACUAACUUAAGCUAAAAACAUAAACAACUUUCAACUAUUUAAAUGCUGCCAACUUCUGUCAGAAAUAUGCCAGAAUGCUUUUUGCUAAGAAAAGUUUUUUACAAACUUUUAUAGAUCCACAAUCUUUGU